AUGCGCCGCGCCGCGACCAGCGUCUCAAUCGUCGCCCGCCGCAGUCAGUGCAAGAACUGCGGCAAGAACAACUCGCAGUACCUCGAGCUCGUGCACAAGCGUCUCCGGUCGCUCUUUGCGCUCGAAGAGGCGAGCCGCCUCCUUGGCACCCGCCCGUCCGCGCGCACCUGAUACCAGCGAUCGUUGUAGAUGCCUGUCUCGUAAUGUACAGUGAUGUUGCCUUUGCUUAAGUACGGACAAUCAGUUCGAGC